UGGAAACAGACCCCGGAAGUGGACACUGUUUAGGGUGCUUGAAAUGUAAUCUUGAACACAGUUUAGGAGUGGGUUCAGGUCCCUGCCCCACUAUUCUGUGAUGUCCAGCUCAGCCAUCCGUCCGGUCCAUGCUGGGGACACAGCCCCAGAAGCUCUGUUCCUUCUGCAACGGCGCCUGUUGAUGGCUGAGGAGGGGACUGAAGCUCUUGUCCGAGCCAUGGACGAACUGGGGGUAUCCACGGAGCAAAUCUUGGGAUCUGCGGAGACAGCCAUGCACCCUGUAAGUCCCCUGAAGAUGCACCAGUUCCCGGGGGAGGACAGCAAGCUGUGGCAGCAGUAUGACUUUCUAGUGAGCCGGGUUUGUCGCAUGGAGAGUCUGCUGCAGACCCUCGAACUCACCAUCUUCCGCCUGAAGACGGAAAGGGAGCUGGAUCCCUCUCACACAGUUUAUUUGAAGCAGCAGCUGGCAGCGAUGCAGCAGGAGAGUGAGCAGGAGCAGCAGGCCUCCAGGAGUGAGAUGAUGACGCUCAGGGACCAGCUUCAACAGGCUUACCGGGAGAGAGACCGAGCUCGUGCAGAGGUGCAGAAGCUGGGGGAUGCACUGGAGGGAGCAGCUGCUGCCAGGGCGGAUGUAGCUUUGGCUGCGGAAGAGCUGAAGGUUGUUAAGAUGGAGAUGAGCCAGAAAGUGAUGGAGAUGAGAGAGCAGAUGAGGCAGGAGUCCAUCCGCUCCCAUGAAGCCAUGAAAUCUCACAGCGAGCUUCUGGAGCGGGUUGAGGAGACGGAGCGGGUGGUGGAGAUGGAGAGAAGACAGGCUCUGCUGCUGCAGUCGGACUGCCAGGCCUGGCGCGCCGAGGUCCAGUCGAGCCGGCAACAACUGGCAGAAGAAAGAGGCCGAGGCAGGAGACUGGAGGAGCUCUGUCAGCAGCUCAGAGAACAGACAGCAAUCAAAGACUCAGUUGUGUCUGCAUUGAAAACAGAACUGAAGAGACAACAGACAGAAAAUAGUAAACUGCUGAAAGACAUCAGAGAGCUGAGAGCUGCUGCUGACAGAGUCCAGGCAGAGAGGAGUCGCGCAGUCAGUCAACUGCAAAAGCAAGACCUGCUGCAGGAGGCGACCAGAUGCAACCUCCAGACUGAGCUGCAGGUGGCGCUAAGGGACAAAGUUCACCUGGAGAAGGAACUGGAGAAGCUGAAAGGCGCGCACGCCCUCCUCCUGCAGAGCUCCUCCAUCACACAGGGGACAGCAGCCUCUCACAAGAAGCUGCAGGAGCGAACCAUUGAAAAACUGCAGAGAGAGCUGAUCACAGCCAGAGGAGAGGAGGAGGCAAUGAGGGAAGACCUGGAGGGUUCGAAAAAUGAGUUACGUCUUGUUGUCACUAAGCUGGAGGGCGAGAGGAGCUGUCUGGACGCUCAGCUGAAGGAGGCCAGGAGGGAUGUGGGAUCUCUGAGCUCGGCCUUGCAGAGCCAGCAGGAUGAGAACAGGAGGCUAAUGGGCGAGCUGACUGCUUUAGGACAACAACAACAGAUCAGCGAGCAGGAGGCCUUGCAGGAUGUUUGCGGGUUUGCAGAGGGUGUCGUCAGUCAAACACUUGAAAACCUCUACCCAUCCAAUGACAGACUCCAAUUUAACACCCUGCAUCAGGAGCUGGGGGGACGAGAACAGGAGCUGGCCACCCUCAAGAAAGACAGGGUGAAGGCUCACAGAGAAAUCAGGAAACACCAAGCAGAGGUGGAGAAGCUGCAAGGACUGUUAACAUCUACUCAUUCCAAGAGCAACAGAGCUCUGGAGUCCUUGCAGAAAGCCUUGGCUGCAGCCAGAGAGGACAACAAGACGCUGGCCCACAGCUUGGAGCAGGCUGUGUUGACUAACAACAGUUUACACAGCAAACUGCAGCAGGCACGAGACCAGUACCAGGCCACCAUCACACUGAGAGAUGACGAAUUACGGACAAAGAUAAGUCACUUGUCUACAGAUCUGAGCGCUGCAAAGCAACAAAACAGGGAAUACUGUGAAUCGUCCGUGAAGACUCUACAUAGAGAAAUUUCAGAGCUAAAGUUGACAGUAAAGGAUUCGUCAACCAAGUCAGACGACCUGUCCAAGACCAAUCAGGUGCUGCUCAGACGGGUGUCUGAACUAGAGCGGCAGGUGUCCAAACAGAAGGCCUGUAUCAGGGAGCAGAGGAGCCAGCUGAGGCAGCAGCAGAGGAGCAGAGAUUCACGGGACCACUCUCAGAAAGUUAAGGCGUUAGGAGAGAGGAACGGGGAUCUGCAUGAGAAAGAGCAGGCUGACCAAGAGCUAAAAGAGGUCAGGGUGGAAUCUGAACGGCAGCUCACAAGCAAACGGGAGGCGGAGUGGGAGAGGUGGACGUCUACCAUCCAACGCUGGGAGGACAAGAGAGAGGGCUGGCUCGCUUCGCUGGAGGACGCGAGCCUGCGAGGACACAGCUGAUUACACAGUCGCGCCGAUAACGACCGGCGCAAACAGAUUUCUCACCCACACACCUGAAUGCGGACAACACCACGAGAGCGAUCCUUUGUAUUUAAUCAAACACUGAACAGUGACCAACAGAGAAGAACAGAUAGCAGCCACAUGUGGACUAGCAGCUGUAGAGUCAGACGGGUCCGUGUCUGUGUCCGUGUGUGUGUUUGUGUGAUGCUCUCCACAUUUAUCGGCCAGGAUUUAAUGUCAGACAGGAUGGAAACAUGCACUCUCCUCAAAACAAAACUGUACAAUCGUAACAUCUGAUAAACUUCUCCACUGUACAAAGAGGCCUAUUUUUGUACCAACAGAUUCUUUAUACAAAAGUAAAUUUUUAAAUAACACUGUGUACAAAUGUAAGCUUUUCUUCCAUCUACCUGGUUGCACUUGAGUCUGUUAGCUCCUGUUGUCAUGUGAUGAGUUAACCGUGGAUGCAAUGACUUGAGCUCACGCUCCCCCUCUCACUCGAUCCCUGGGUCGUCAAGGAUCCUAUCAGAGUUCAUCAGGAAACACUGACAUGUGUACAGUCCAAUAGCAGGGGUUCUCCAGUUCCCC